AUGUCUGCAGUGAGACUGUUAACGUUGCAUGCAUACAUUUCCAAUUUUCUAUCUGCUGCCGAACUCAUGUCAAAUUCAGCACACGAUCUGAUGCUGCAGAUUCUGAAAUACGAUUCCGUGUGUGUCCAAACAUUUUGUUCUCUCAGCCAGCCAGGACAUAAUAAACGUCAAACACUCAACUGGUUCUACACAAUCGAACUUUGGACGUUCUUGAGAGCUACCAAUCUCAAGAUCUGUACUUGUAACGCAGCCUCUCUCCAAUCUAACCUCGUUUCUCUGUUAUGUUCUGUGCAGAUGGAAGAUGGAUAUAAAUCCAACAAAAUGCACUAUCUGAGUCAGCUUAUUAAUGGAAGAUUGGGACUAGACAGCCCUGACCGUAUAUUUUCAGGCUCCAAUGUGAAGGAAUAA